AUGGCAGCAUUGGAGCAAGCCGCUCUUGACGGCUCUCUCUUCCGACCCGACCACAGAACCCUUUCCGACAGAGGAGACUCGAACAGUGAUCAGUCUCUGUCCGAGAACGAGAACGAAGAUGCCGCUGGAGACGACUACAUUGACAGCGAGGACGACUUUGACAACACUGUUGGCGGCCGACACAAUCUCAAGCCUGCGCCGCCGUCGUCUGACCCUACACGGGGUCAAAUCGAACAUAAUGGUCACCAAACAGGAGUGAAGGGCGUCCAAGACGAGCAUAAAGCUACCCAAGCUUAUGCCCGGGAGCAGGCGCGAGCUGGGACAGCCUUGCUUCAAGCCGAGAACGGACUACGAGGUAUGCAAGCCCUGACGGUACACGAAGAGUCUGCGCUCGUCGCCCAAGAGGCUGAGGAGGACGAGGAACUGAGGGAGAUACGGCGGCGGAGACGCGAACAGCGCCGGAGGGAGACGCAGGAGGAUGCAGCCAGGUGGGAAAGAGAAAGGGUAACGGAUUUCGGUUUUGGAAAGAGCUUUGAGGAUGGGGUCAAGAACGGGGCUUUGCGAGAGAUUGGAUCAAUGGAUUUCGUGGACGCUGUCGAGCGAGAUGGCUGGGCUUUGGUGUUCAUUUAUGAGCCAAAUCUGCCAAGAUGCGACGACAUAUCAUCCUCGUUGCUCCAUCUAAAACUAAAUCUUCCCUACAACACCACCACCUCCAUCUACCGCGCCCGUGCUACAUUUCUUGGCUUCUCCCUGCUCCCUCCUAUCAUUACUCCCGAGUCCCCCGAAGACAUCGCGAUAGUCAGCGAAGAUCUCGACGUCCUGAGGAGAGAAAUUCAAGACAUCUCUGCGCGACACAAAAAGAGUCACAAGAAUAAUCAUGACAGCGAGACGGCGAUAAUCGCCGACCUGGUCGAGUAUGUGCGAACUAGAGAAGAGAAGAAGGCUCCAUUCAUGGGAAAACCUGACCUGGACGUCCUACCGACUUUGCUGGCGUACAAGGACGGAGAAUUGGAAAAGACGUGGAUCAGAGUAGACUGGGAAGUGGGACAAGACGGUGUUGUGGGUCUACUCCGGAGGUAA